UAUAAAUUGAAAAUGGUUUUGGAGGUUGAGUUGAAAAGUGAGCUAUGUUAGCCACCAAGUCUGUUAGAACUUUAUUGCACAGAGUGUGCCGGGUCGCUGUAAACCAACGAUGUCUAUCCAGCAUAUCAGGAAGUUUGCAAGUGGGUGAUCCUAUCCAACAGUCAUUUGUUGCCAGACUACGGGAGUAUCGUCAGAAGAGCGAGAAAUCUGAGUUCGGAUUAACAGAUGCUUCAUCUAAAGAAAUAAAAGAGCUUAGUGAAAUGCUGGCUAAGGUUGAUAGAAUAUACGAAGCGGAAGGAGAAGAUAUGACUCAGUUUCCUAUGUUCAAAUUCGAAGAACCCAAGGUUGUUAUACCGGCAUCUUCUCUACAUGUUGAGUAUCCUAAAGAACCGGAGAAUAAUGUUGAAGUUUAAAAUACUUUGUAGUGCUCUACUAAUUACUAUCGCUACAUCUAGUUGAUAAUCUUCACAAAACUACUUAAGUUUUUGUUAGUUACUGUUUAAAUACUGGUACAUUUGUAAAGAGGUCAGAUGUCUUCAUAUACGUUCUUUUGAAGCUGAAGAUUCCGCAGAUAUGUUCUGGUUAUUACAAGGUC